AUGUCAUAUAGCUACCUCUUUAAAUUUAUAUUGAUUGGUGAUACAGGUGUUGGCAAAUCUUGUCUUCUUUUGUAAUUCAUAGAUAAGAGAUUCAGACAGAAGCAUGAGGUUACCAUUGGUGUGGAAUUUGGUGCAAGAAUGAUAGAGUUCGAGGGAUAGAACAUCAAAUUAUAAAUUUGGGACACGGCAGGGUAAGAAUCUUUUAGAUCAAUCACUCGUUCUUAUUAUCGAUCUGCUGCUGGUGCAAUCAUAGUGUAUGAUAUUACUAAGAGGGAGACUUUCGAAAACAUUUCUCGAUGGUUGGAGGAAGCUAAAUAAAAUGGAAAUCCAAAAUUGACAUUUACUCUUGUUGGCAACAAGAGUGAUUUGGAAGCAGAUCGAUAAGUGUCUUUUGAAGAAGGUCAAGAGUUUGCAAGAAAUAAUGGCAUUGAUUUUGUUGAAGUGAGUGCCAAGACAGCCAAUAAUGUUGAGGAAGUAUUCCUGAAGACAGCCUAACAAAUUUUGGAAAAAAUUAAUAGCAAUCAAAUUGACCCAAAAAAUGAAAGUCAUGGAAUCAAAGUUGGGACUGAACAAGGAGUCAAAAAAUCCUUUAUUAAUAAUACUCAAUAAUUAUAACCACAAGCAGAAACUGAAGAAAAGCAAGGAACGUGUUGUUGAAUCGGAUAUUGAAUUAAAUAUCUAUAAAUAUUAUAAUAGAUUUUUAUAUUCAUU